AUCCCUAUUGCAGCAAACAUUGUUUAGAUUAACUAGGCUAGCUAGUUAGUAAGUUAGCUAGCUAGCCAGCCAGCCAGCCAUAACAAUAUAAAUUAAAAAGGAGACAUGUUUUCUGCUGUUUAGAAUCUGAAAGGAUACCAGAUAAAGUCCUUGGAAUACAUACAUUUCUGGAUUUACGCGUCCUUCGAGUUGGAAUAACUUUGAAGAAGUUCUUUGUAUACAGGGAUCUGCUGAUAAGAAGACGUUUAACAUGGACUGGGGCACGGAUCUCUGGGACCAAUAUGAUGUCAUCGACAAGCACACUCAAUCCGGUCUGGAACUGGUGGAGAAGUAUGUGAAGUUUGUAAAGGAGAGGACAGAGAUAGAGCAGAACUAUGCCAAGCAACUGAGAAAUCUAACAAAGAAAUACCAUCCUAAACGGGGCAGUAGAGAGGAACUGGAAUGCAGGUUCUCCAACCACCAGGCCUUCCUGGACAUCCUGAAUGAGAUGAAUGACUACGCAGGACAGAGGGAGCUGAUCGCUGAGAACAUGAUGAUGAACAUCUGCAUUGAGCUCACAAAGUACCUGCAGGAGCUCAAGAUGGAGCGCAAGACCCAUCUUUCAGAGGCCAAGAAAGCUCAGCAGAGUUUGGAGAGCACCUAUAAGCAGCUGGACAGCAGUAAAAAACGUUUUGAGAGGGAGUGGCGGGAAGCAGAGAAAUCUGCUCAGUAUGCUGAGAAAACCGACCAGGACAUCAACGCCACGAAGGCUGAUGUUGAGAAGGCCAAACAGCAGGCUCACAUGAGGGCUCACAUAGCGGAUGAGUGUAAGAACGACUACGCCGCCCAGCUGCAGAAAUACAACAAGGAGCAGAGCCAGUUCUACUUCAGCGACAUGCCCCUCAUCUUUAACAAGCUCCAGGACAUGGAUGAGAGACGGGUGAAGAAGCUGGCCCAGGGAUAUGUCUUGUUCUCAGACACCGAGAAGCAGGUGACACCCAUCAUUGGGAAGUGUCUGGAGGGCAUCACUAAAGCCGGCGCUAAUGUCAAUGAGAGGAAUGACUCCAUAGCUCUUAUAGAGCAGCACAAGUCAGGCUUUGAGCGUCCUGGUGACUUGGACUUUGAGGACUACAGUCAGGGCAUCAACCGGGCCUCGUCAGACAGCAGCCUGGGUACCCUCAGUACUCCCAAAGGGCCCCUGGAACUGCUGGGCAAGAACAAGAGUAAGCCAUUCUGGCUGUUUGCCAAGAAGAGUAAGCUCUCUCCCUCACCCUCAUCACUCACCCCAUUCUCCACUCCCCCUGCCCCCUCGCCCGCUAACGGACCCCACUCCCCUAAGUUCGGCCGGGACCCUCUGUCGUACUGUUUGAAGGAGAUCAAUAAGACAGUCAAACCCAGAAUCUCCUCCUUCCGGACCCUCAGGCGAACGAGGUUCACCCCAGAGAGGAUCUUGGUCUCGCCAACUGUGUCUGAGGACUUUGGACAUCUCCCCCCCGAGCAGCGCAGGAAGAGGUUACAACAGAAGCUAGACGACAUUGGCAAGGAGCUGCAGAAGGAAGUGGACCAGAGUGAGGCUCUGGGGAAGAUGAAGGAUGUGUAUGAGAAGAACCCUCAAAUGGGAGACCCUGCUAGCCUGGCUCCCCAGAUCACCCAGACAGCCCAGAACAUGGAGAGGCUAAGAGGAGAGUUCAAUAAAUAUGAGUUGUGGUUAACAGAGGCUGGAGGCCGAGGGGAUCCGUUGCUCAGGAGAGACACCUCACGAGACGACACGCACAGAUCCCACUCCUUCAACAACAACGGCAGCACCCACGAGUCAUGCAGCCCGGAUGGAGCCCAGUCCGAUGAGGGCACCCCAGACCCCUCUCAGGCCAUCUACGCAGAAUUUGAUGAUGAGUUUGAAGAGGAGGAGCUUGUGCCUCCAAUUGGCCAAUGCACAGCCAUGUACAACUUCCCAGGUGCAAGUGAGGGGACCAUAGCCAUGCAGGAGGGGGAAGUGUUGUCUGUGGUGGAGGAGGACAAAGGCGAUGGCUGGACCAGAGUCCGCAGGGCCAACGGAGAUGAGGGCUACAUUCCGACAUCCUACGUCAGCAUCAGCCUUGGAAAGUGACCCUGACAGCCGUCCCAACCACAGCAGGCCUGAGAAAAACUGACAAUCGUCACGGGUGAUGAUGACCCCAAAAUAUUGAGCAGCUGUCCCAUGGGGCCAUUUAGAAAGAGGUAACAGCACUGUGGGCAGGACCACCUGGAUGUCCGUAAGGAGACUAUUCAGCCAAUCUUUACUAUUUCCACAGAGAUGUGCUCUACGUCCACGACUUGUUUCCCCUGCUGGCCAGAGAAGAUAGUCACUGGGGCUCUAGGUUCGUCCUGGCUUGUACCAGAUCACUAUAUUGAUCCCAGUGAAGUCACACUGUUGUUCAGCUCUCAUUUCACUGUGGUGGUUCUACAGUAAUGGGUAUCAUAGCAGGACUGAUGAUAGAACCAACCAACCUGCAUAAUCCAUCUGCCCUCACAUCACUGGGUGAUGGCUUCUGGGAGGUAGGUUGCAAUAAGUUCUGAAACGGAGUGAAAACGGGAGGACGUACCUGAACUUUUCCUUGAAGUACCCAGUGCUACAGACCCCUUGUGACCCAGAGUUCAUAACCCUAACCUGCUCUCUAAAAGCAUGUUAACUACAUGAUCACCGAUGAUGUUUUUGUGAAAUGAUCCCAACUUUGUUAACUGGUCACACCCUUCCUGUUCCUGUUUGCACUUCCUCUUUCCUUUUUGGACAUUGGCUCGGAUAAUGGGCAGGCUCAGCGCACGUCUGUACUGGAUUGCUUUCAGCCUCUGCAGUCCCCGUGACGCCCAGUCUUCUGUUUAGAUGUGCUCGUAUGCAAAGGGGCUUUAUUUCCUUGUGCUUUGACACACUGUUUAAAAACAUUAGCCCUACACAAGGCCAACGACUCUGUUACACGAGGCCAACGACUCUGACAGUUGAACCACCAUAGAAAGACAACAUUUCAGUCAAUUACAGCCGUAUCCUCAUUAAAGCUAAUCCCGGCUAACUCAACCAUACUUUUAACAAUGGGCUUGUGUAGGGACUAAUUACAUAAAACAUGUAUUUCAGUCCCUAGAGUGCAGCAAACAAUUACACAAAAUUGCGUGCUAUUCUUUGGGUGUUGAAAUCCCUGGUAAAAAAAAUCUGUAAGAAAUCUAUAAAUGAUUGCUGUAUUGCGCUGUAUUGGCGCUCCAGUUUGUCCACCCUGCCUGCGCUCAUUGUAAAACAUUGGGCUGAUGUAGCUUGGCUGAUCUACAACUCCGCUUCCAAUUACCCGCUGGUCUGCUGGAGAGCACUCCUGCGUUAUUCUGAAUGGUAAAGAAUUCCUUUGUUUGCAUUAAGAAUGUAAUUUAUUAAGUAUGCGUAAGUUGCUACAUUUAAGGAUUCCAGUUUCAAGUAUGUUUUGGAUUACUAUAUGAGGUGAACCCUGUUUGUACUGAGCUGUCUGUUUCUAAAGCUGAGAGAUUCAAGGAAAAUGAUGCAGACAGAAUUACUGCAACGUUAUAACCCUCGUAUUUAUGUUACAAAUAAUAUAUUUUAGCUAUCACAACACCACUAUUGUCUUAUUAGCUUUUUAACCUCAUAAAUAAAGAUUGUAAAGUUGAGACGUGUAAAAUUGCGCUGAGGUGAACGUUUCCAUUUUGUCUGGAUUUGAGUAGUAGACCUCCAGUUUUACAUUGAGCCACACUGCAGGGGCACCCCUAUGUGAAACUCACUCACGCCAAGGUGCCUUCAUGGUUGUAAGCAUUGUGUGUGUUUGUAGCAUAUUUUACUGGGUAAAUCCAUCUGAAUUCAAUCACUUUUUGACAGCACAUCUGUUUAUUGCGCACAUGUAUUUUCCAAUUGCAGAGGUAUUCUGAAUGUGACUUUAUUUUAUUUUUGCCUGAAUGCCAAAACAUUCUAGAGCUCACAGUGCUCUAAUUUGAAAUGUGGUAUUUUGCACACCCCACCUACCAUAAGACAUCUUCACUGGAGAAGAGAGUUGAAAUUCACAUCAUGUAAAAGCCAAUAAUCAGGGUUGUGAAAUCGCCCCUUCAUUAAUUGAUCUUGCUUUAAUCUAAGUAUAAUUCAUGAUCUUUAUAACUUAAAUAGAAUCCCCAUCCGUGGGGAGGUUGUUUGGAGUCAUUGCGUUUGCUUCAAUUAUUUUUCAUGUUGUAAUAGUCCUUCUUAUGAUCCAUGAAUAGCAUGGGAUUUCUGGGCAUUUGUAAACCAGAUACAUUAUCAAUCUUACAAAAGGCAGUUCUAGUUUCGAACACUACCCAAAGAUCAGCUGUACACAUGGGUAGCAAACUCUUUUCUGUAGUUUCUCCAGCAACAUCUGGAUUCUCUUCAUGCAUUGGAACUUUAAUGUAAUUUUCUGUUGUUCAUUCAGCAUAUAUCAUUUUUUUUACCUUAUAUUUGAAUUGUGCCUGUUAUUGACUAGACACAACCGGGUCUUGUAUACAGAUUGGGAAUUAUUUCAGUCACAGAAUUAAGAUAAUGGACCUAUUCCUGAAAAACUACAAAUCAAAUGAUGUGUAAAAUAGCAGAAUAUUUAUUUAUAGAAAGUACCGCAAAGAUGGCCAAAGAUGUACUCUCUGUUGAAUGUCAAUUUAAAUGGUUGUUUCUACUCUAAUAUUUUUGUGAUUUCAGUUGAUUUCCUAUGGAGCAAUAGCUGCUAAUUUUUUUAAACAACAUAUAUUCAAGAACAGAAAGAGUUUCAGUAAGGCCAUAUAGUGUGUGAACUUCCCCGUUAAUCAGCCAAAACAUGACAUGCAACCUGUUUUGAAAGCAUGUUGUUAUAACUGAUGGCUGGCACUACAUUAAGGGUUUAAGCUUCAACCAAUAAAAAGAAUAGGAAACGAUUAAAAUGAUUCAUCCCAACCAUUAAUCUUUUAGGUGGUGAGCAUGUCUUUUGGCAGGCUGAAGUCAUGUUCUAAGUACUUCUGUAGUGCGAAAAACAUUUAUGGAACGUUUAAUACAAAUCAAAACGUUUUUGACGUAUUUGCCCAUUCAAAUGUCUUCUAUUCUCAAGACUUAAAUAAAUGUAAAGUACACUUAAGUUCAAGCAUUUGUAUAAUUUAUUCUGGAUUUUUGUUGCUAAUGUGUCUCUUGCAUAGGCUGUGUUUAUUUUAAGGGUGAAAGUUGCUUACCCUUGGAAUAAAGGCCCAAGUGAAUUAUUUUUCAAGUUUGUAUAUAAAGCGAAGUCCCAGCAGGUGGCAGUAUUGCUUAACUGUGUAGUUUCUCUGGAUCUUACCGCUUGCUGUUGUCCUUCACUGUUCUGUCUCUCACUUAAAUAUGCAUUUUUAAACUUCUUUAUUAUAAUGUUGGCCAAUAAUUUGCAUGCAUCAUUAUUGGCCCUUUACUGGUGUUCACACUAGCUAUAUAAGUUAUUUUCCCAAACAUUUCUUACUAAUUAGGAUGCAUUUGUGCUCGUUUCAAACACUGGCUUCUAAUUGAUCAAAUAAAGACAUGGUGAGUGAAACUGA